AUGACAGCAACAAACAACAACAGCAACUUUAUCAUUUCUGAUGAACAAGUUAUUGAUUCAUUAGCUGAGGAAUUAGUUGUGGCAGAAACUAAAACCCUCAACGAAAGAAUUGGUGAAAACAAGAUUGAUUUACAUAACUACCUCAAACAUGAUGGAGGAAGAGGAAGGAAAACUGGUACAGCUUUAUUAGUAAAUAAAAUUUCAAAUUUAACGAUUAUAGAUGUUGAUAUCAAUAAAUCGUACAAUGAUGAACUUAAAGAAACAGUUAGAAAAGACAUUUUAUCAAAACUUUCGGAUAAAGAUGUUAUCGUUAAAACCGCUUCAGGAGGUCUUCACAUUUAUUGCAACACUAAUUUCUUCUAUGCAGUUUCGAACAGAAUGAUUAAAUGUUAUUCCUGCAAUGAUUAUGAUAUUGACAUAAUGACUUCUAUUGAUGAUUCAAAGCGUUCAUUAGUAGUUAUGGCUGAUUCAAGAGUUCGCAAGAAUGCAUCAGAACCAAUCAAUACAUACUCAUUCAUUCGUGGAAGUUAUGAUUCAACAUUAACUAGAACAGUGAAUGAUAUAUUAAAUGAUUUGAAUAUUAAGGUAAGAGUUGAACAGAAGAAUGAAGAAAUAAAGAGUAUAAUGAAUGAAAACAAAGAUGUAAACAUUGACGAUAAACUAGCUCAAAGCAUAGUUGAUGGCAUCUGUGAUUUUGAAGUACAUAAUGACGGUGGAAACAUGAAUUUAGAAAAAGAAGUUACAUUAUUCACACUGUUUCAAGCUAUUAAUUCGUUACCAGAUCAUUUAAUUAAUGAAGCAUACGAUAACGUUUAUAAUUUCUGCAAUUUAACUGAAAAUGCAAAAAGUAAUUUUGAAAAAGCACGUAGUAGAUAUGCACAUUUAAUGACUUCUCCAUUUGUUUUAGUGAAGAUUCUAAAACUUUAUCAAAAGGAAUAUUAUGAUGAAUAUGUUUUACCUUUAUUACGUAAGCCAAAAAUAACAUUUGAUAUCAAACUUGAUGACUCGUUUUUGAUAACAGAUAUUAGACGCAAGGCUGAAAAUCAUCAGUAUAAAAACAGUUCUGAAGUAAUUGAGGAUUUAUCACGUGUAAUCCGUUUUGUAGAUUGUGGAAAUAAAUAUUUCAUUCAGAAAGAUUAUAAUAUCCACGACAAAAUGAAUCAAAUAUCAUUCGUUCUUCAAUCAAACAUGAAAGAGUCACUCAAAAUGAUUAAAUUAUUUAAAGAAGAAGGUAAAACCAUAACAGCAUGGGACGUACUAUUAAAUCAAUUAUCCUCAUUAACCGUUAAGGGUGUUUGCUUUAAAUCUGAUUCCCCAGAUGUUUUCUCAACGUUUUAG